CACUUCCGGUAACGAAGGUAAAAAAAUUAUCAUUUUACAAAAGCAGAGCUGAAUGAAGUUUUUGAGGGGACAGAAGUAUGGCUUAAUCUGGCAACUCUCGGAAAACACCUGACAGUGAGAUGGCUGUGUGUUUAGAGAGUAGUUCAAAUUACAAGAUCGUCUCCAAGAAUGGUCAAAAUCCGAACAAAUCGCUGUUUCUAGUCAAGCUUACUGACUCGUGCCUAAAAACACUCGAGCAACUUCAAAAUCCCACGGCCAAAUCUAAGGUUCGUAUCGUCUAUCUAUGUCCCAAGAUCUCGAUAGAUUCUUGUUCAUAGUAUGUAGUUUACUUCGAGGUUGUUUCACUGCUAAACUAUGUAGUUUUCUUUGAUUUUAGCUGUCGAAAGGCGGCACAACAAGAAAGCCUUCGAUUCAAUUCAAGAACCAUGGAAAAGCAGGGGUAUUAUAUUUUGUUUAUUGUUUUACUUCUUUUGUUCUUACCAGCUUGUUAACAAACAAGUAACUAACAAAGUCUGUAUUAACAAAAUCUAAUCAAGUUUAAAGCAAAAUUUGAAGUGUUCCUAGCCCUUAUGAAAUAUACGAACGUGCGACGUUUUAAUAAAGCACAUUUGAUAUAAAGCGAUAAGGCAAACAAAAGUUUAUAUUUACAUCGUUUCAUUUUAUUCUAUUUUUGGGCCAUCAACUUUGUCCAUCUGGCUUUAGCCCAGGAUUAAUAGAUAUAUUGCGAGCUUUUAUAUAACAUCCGUUGAAGAAUUUCACUAAUACAUCUGGUUCAUUUUCUGUAUUGGGCACAUACUGCAGACUAUCUCAAAAUCAAAUCACUCAACAUAAAUUUAUUGUUGUAUUUUGGCUAGUAAAGCCGAGCUUAUUUAAAGCAUUCCACAGCAAAUCAAUAGAUAAAUUGUAAUGAAUAGAGUUUAGAAUUAAUUAUCUUAAUCUGGGAAUUUUGUGUGAUUCGCUCAAGUAAAAAAUCACAUAAUAAAUUGUAAUUCUGUGAUGCCUUUUGAGUUACAAAAACAAGGAUUUCAAUGUCUAAACUGUCGUAUUUUAGGGGAUAAAUCACUGAACUUUGCUUAAAAUGAUUUGUCUAUAGGUAAAUAAAUAUGUAUAUUACCCACCUAUGGUGUAACAUUCAAGAGUUAUGCAGUGACUUUGUCUGAUAUGUUGUAAAUAGCAUAUUUGGUGCAUAGAUAACACCACACCAGCCAUUUCUCAUUUAACUUAUCAGACAUUGUCUCAUUAUGUUCAGCUGAUGUUAGUUUUAUUUUGGUGUUAAAUUACAUUAGUUUAUCUGUGUUUUGUUGGGGCGGUUUAUUUCAGGGAAUAUAAUGGGCCAUCAAUAUGCAUGCAAAUUAUCGUUUUGAUUGGCAGUUACGAGCCCACCACAAAUAUUAUGAUGUAUUUGAGAAAGAACAAUGAUGUCUGUGCUGAGGGAAGAAAAUACAACAUGACCUAGCGCAUGUUUCAACCCUCCUGAUUUUUACAGGAGUUUCUUGGUUUGAUCAGGACUCAGGAGUUUCUCAAUUUCCAAAUGUUACUCCUGAUCUCCCAAUUUAUUAGCCUGAACCGUUUGAUUUUUCAGAAAAAUCUACUCAUCGUUAUGGAAAUCAAUUUAAACUCAAAACUUUCUCGUAAAAAUGACGUAUGUUGCCUUUGAGCAUUGUCAUUGAGCAAAUAAAUUGCCUCAACUUUUUAACAGGAAUUAAACAAAACUAUUAAAGUAGGUAACAAAAUUUCAGCAACAUUUAAAGUCAAGUCUUUUUGCCAAAUACAUUCCAGAGGCAAAAGACAAAGGCUUGAAAAAUGAACUGUGAAAUUGCCAUGAUCCCCUUUAUUCUGGUUGGAACAUUUGACAUAGAACCUGACAUUUUCAAGAUAUUGUCAAUGGCCACAUACACCGAAAGUGAAGUUGGAGUGAAAUUAUUCUCUCUAGCUGUUAUUUUCAUGAGAUAUGGUUGAAUAUUUGCUCAUACUGGUCUGACAUUAUCCACUAUAAUUUGUAAGACAGUCCCUCUUGGCAAGUUUAAAAGUUUUCAGACAGAAUAUAAUAACAAAAUAGGGUGCAUUGGGCUACAAUGUGGUUUAGUAAUAAAAGUCAAUGUUGACAGAUAGUUCUAUAUUUAAUUAACCCAUUAAAUGUGUAUGAUUCUCGUCUUGAUAGAUAAAAUAGUCUGGCAUGGGACAAAUUGCAGCCUAAUGGGUUAGCUGUGAGAACCUAAGAAUGCCCUAAGAAGCCCUGUCAUAAUCAACCAAUUGACUUUUAUUUGUAGACACUGUUUAUUCCUUCAAAGAAUGGUGUGGAUAACAAUGGCACAAAAUUUAACUUUACCUGUGCAAAUUUGUUCAUGGUGAACAGCACAACUGGACUUGACUGUCUGCAGCAGAAUAAGGGAGAUGUUAAUUUAACGUUGCUUGGAAAUAUAACAGAAAAAAUAACUGUUAGUGCAAACAAUGAUAGUUACGCAGCUACAAAGACCAGAAUGGCUGAAGCUGAGAAGGAACGUCAGGGGAAUAGGUUAGAAUGCUGAACUAAACUUACUUUGGUUAUUUAAUUGGGAUACCUUUAUGUCUUUAUCAUGAUUUUAAACUGUUCUCCCUAGAGGUCCAGGAAAGACCAUAAUCCUUAUCCUGUAAGCAUGUUCUUAUGCUUGUGUUGUUCUCACUGUGUCCUUCACUACAAUGCAAUAACAUUCAAGCAUAAGGGAAAGAACGCAACGUUUUGAUAUUCUUGUGUUGCGUUGUAGUGAGGACAGUACGUAAGAAAUCAGUCCUACUUGUACUUGCUUUGUAGUGAGGAGCACAAAGACCACCACUGUUUCUGAAAGCAUUAGCACACUUCUCACAUACUACUGAGGUGAAAUUAUAAUUAGACAAAUGCGUAUUCAUUUGCAGAAAUCACCCCUUGGUCGUACUUGACGUGAAAUGCACAUGCUGCAUUAUAUAUAACUGUAAUGCCAACAACAGCCAAGUUAACAAAAUUUACAUUUGGCAUGAACUUUAUUAAUUUUGUGUAAUAAAAUGGGUUUUUUUAGGGCGAAGGUCAUAGAGCUAGGAUCAAAGAAUGGUGGUAAGACUUGGAAUAAAUAUUUCUGACAAACACUUAAUUUCACAUGUUUUUAUUAUUCUGGUCUAAAAACAUCAUAUGUUGUUUUAGCCAUCAAGAAGAAGCGAAUGAUGCCAAAUGCACGGCAAAAAUUCAACUUCCGCAAAGUUAACAACAAGAUUAAUCAGAGUUCAAGCAGUACAAUAAAAGGAUUAAGGUUUGUCAAGGUGUUUCACAAAAAAAAAACAGGAAAGCUCUGUCAAUGUUAAAUUAUUCCUCCUAAGAUAUCCAAUAAGAGUCCUUCCUUGUUGAUUCAGUGUUACUGCAGGAGGAAAUCUAAACUAACUUUAUUUAUACUGGAUAGCUCUAUCAGUUCUAAACUGUUCUUCAGUAUAUUAGAGUCAUCUCUUAUUGACCCAGUGUUACUACAGGAGGAAACCUAGGCUAAACUAACUUUAUUUAUACUGGAUAGUUCUAUCGGUUUAAACUGUUCUUCCUAUAGAGGUCCAGUAAGGAUCAUCUCUUAUUGAUCCAGCAUUAGGAGGAAACCUAAACUAAACUAACUUUAUUGUGUUUUUAGGGAAAAGGUUAUUCAUUUGUUGGCAUUAAGGCCAUGUAAUAAACUUGAACUAAGAAUGAAACUAGAGAGAGGUAGGUACAACAACUUGAAUAUGAUUUACCACCAACAACUCUGUAGCUAGCACAGUAAAUCAGUUAGCCUGCAAACAGGCUGUCAAGGUGAAAUGAGAGCCUGCAUCGAUGACUAAUGAAUUUAAAUAUCUGCCCCGUAACUUUCGUUUUUCCAAAUAUGGAAUGUCUAUCCUUAUAUGGUGUUGUUUACAACUUUCGUGCAAACUAAAUUUAGACCGUGCCAACUAAAUUUCUCCCGUACAGUUUAUCCUGUUUUUCGGAAAAUAUAGGAUAUUCAAGCAAAAGUUUAAAUGUUUUUUAAAACAUUAAAUCAGUUAAUUAGUUAAUUAAAUCAUUAAGUCAGUUAUUUAAAAAUACUGUUUUCUCAAAACAGAAAAUUUCAUGCUUUGAGAUAAGAUCUGGCCAAGACCAAUUUGAUCAGUUAAUGUGUUUUUUAUGCACAGUGCUUCAGCAGUUGACAUAUAUAGAGCUCAGCGGAAACAUAUAUAAAUUAUAGCAUCUGACCAAUGAGAAUUUCGUGUUACGAUUUGAGACGCAGAUAUUCAAAUUCAUUAGUCAUCGAUGCAGGCUCUAAUUCACCUUGAGAGCCUGUUUGCAGGCUAUAAAUCAGUUGACCACUCAAUGACCAGUCAGUCAGUGUAUUGGUCAAUUGGUCCAUCUGUCACUUGCCUGGUUAGUUGGUCUGUUAAUCUGGGAACCAGCCAGUCAAGGUGGUCUGUGGGAUGCUUGAUUGUGUGGUCUUUCCAUCAUUCAGUCUGUCAGCUGGUCAGUAAGUUGAUGGGUUGGUGAAUCACUCGACAGAUUAGUUGGUGAAGUCAGAUAGCCCGGGUGAAAUCGGUCACUGAAGCUUUAAAACUACCCAUUGCGCACCAGCACUCUCCCCUUGACAAGUAAAACCGUCUGGCAUUAGAGUAAUGUAAGGCACAAUGCCACUUAAUGGGUUAAACAGUCCAUCCUUAUGACAUUCCUUGUAGAUGGUGUAAAAUUAAAAGAUGCUAUUGUUUUAACAAACGUACUUCAACAGGUAAACACAACAGUAUGAACACUAAUUUAUACUUUCCAUGAAGAUCAGUUUUCUUGCUUAGAACAUGCUUACAGUAAUAGGUCAUUUUUUCCCAAAGGUUUCUGCGAUGCAAGACAAUGUUUAUGUUUUAAAUCGUCAUUUUUAUACAGAAGUUCAGGUUGGUUGUGAUUUGCAAUCUUGUGGAAAUGAUACUGUUUCCUGUAACAGAAAAUAUUUGUGAUUAAAGGCAGAUUUAUUGAUCUUUGUAUUUCUUAUACUUUGCUUUUAAUUUUGUAUUGAAGAUGGACGUGGACACUUGGCCGGGCUACACGGAUGAAGAUCGAGAAACGGUCAAAAAGUAAUAAAUGUUUUGUAUAAUAUAUUUAGUACAGUUUGCAAGAACAACUAAAGAUUUAGUGGAUGCUUGAAACUGUGGUUUAGGAUUUUCUGUAAUUCACUGAAUAAUGAAUUAAUAUUUUAUUUCGUAGUAAAAUCGUCUCAGAGAUGGGCUCAAGCGUUGAUAGACUUUCACCUGGACCAUUAAUAGCUCCGUCUUUGUUGGGCAUUGUGAGUUGCAAUUGUGCAUAUCGACUUCUUGAGUGAUCGUUAACUACGCACGUAAAAACGCACAAGUUGUUACAAGUCUGCAAACAAGUUGUUACAAAUCUGUUCACAAGCUGUCAACAAGUUGUGUUCGCAUUGGUUGUUCCCAGUUUUUGUAACAAGUUUGGACCAAGCUGUUAACAACUUGUAACAAGCUUGAUGGCAUUAUCAGACUUGGUACGAGGUUGUUCUAACGAGUCUGAUACAGUCAUGAUACAACAAGAAUGUUACAAGGUUGACUACACAAGGUUGUAACAAUAGUGUUAUAUCAUGACUGUAUCAGACUUGUUGGAACAACCUUGCAACAAGUCUGAUAAUAUCAACAAGGUUGUUACAAAUUGUUAACAGUUUGUUCCAAACUUGUUGACAACUUGGGACAAGCAGUGCGAACACAACUUGUUGAUGGCUUGUUGGCAGACUUGCUACAAGAUGCGAGACUUUUGCGUGUGUACAGUGGUGAAGCUAGUCAUAGCAACAGGUCAACAUGCGAUGCAAAUUUUUAAUGAUUUGCAUUAUUAUGACCAGUUGCCAUGGCUAGUUUCACCGCUGGUUCACCAUGACACUCUUUGUUUAACAUUUCCAUUCCUUUCCUUUCCUAGAACUCGACCAAAAGACCUCUCUCCGGAGGAAACAAGCCAGGCAAGAACCCAGCUGGUAAAAAACCUCGUAUUGCACACAGUAACCUGAACACACCCGCAAAGAACGAGGGAAAACGAGCAGAAACGUCUCCACCUAAACUUACCUCGCAAUCUCCAAGAAUUGUUCCUCCCAGGAGGGCGAGUAGAGAGAAGCAUAAAACGAAUCAUGAAAUGAACAAAAAGACGCCAAGUGAGUCGUUUUAACAAUCGAAUAAAUACACAGUAAAAGCGUUACAGCACAGCAGCAUUUUGACACUUUUAUAAGAGCAAAAAAUUUAAACUAUAAUUCUCCAAGUUUGCCUCCAAAUCAGAGCUUGAAUUUUAUCGCGGCAAUUGCCGUAGAGGGAGAACAAAAUGCCGUGGAUCAUUGCGUCAACGACUGCAAUUUUUGGCGUAUAUUAUAAUUUUUAUACUAUUCACUGUGUAUUACUAUUUUGAUACUUGAAUUCAGAUGUUGAUCAAAUCAUGCGUUAACUACUAUUUUAGUCUGAGUUUUCUUCGAAAAAAAAACACUAAAGAAAUACGUAAACAUGUUUCUAGCUUGUCAGCAAUCCAAAUAACAAUAAAAUUAGAUUUUUAUUACAGUAAUUUGAAAAAAUGCCGUGGAAAUUUGCCAAAAUUGCCGUAGACAGCUGUUAUGCUCUACGGUAAUUUUUAACGUCAUUGCCGUCGAUUGAUUUCAGGGAAAUUCGAAGCCUGCUCCAAAUAUAAUACUACUAUACAUGACAACUACAAAUUCAUAAUAUUUUCGACAAACUGUUUGAAUUUCUCGGUAGAAUGUCCGUUUAUAGAGAUGAAAUAUGGCAUUGUUCUCUCUCGUUUUCAGACAAAGACUCGACGAAAACAACAAAAGCAACAAAUGGUUCAGAGAACAAUGGCAACGAUAGCAACAACAACAACUGUUCCUUUUCAAAAACAGAUUCACCCUUAAACGAAGAUUAUCUUUU